AUGGAUAAAAUAAGACACCUCAUCGGUGCCGGAGAGACGAUGUACCAGUGCAGCAAUAUAGACUAUUUUUCCAGAGAAGUGUACAGUCCAGAUCCUACGGAUUCCACUUUAGCCAUCCCUUAUACAGUUAAAAAGACCGUACUCUUUUUUCUGAUGAGCAGCCUUCUCCUCUCGAUAGCGUAUAUAUUUUGUAUAUUAGGCCAAUGCCUCCGACACAGGACGUUGUAUACUUUUGUAUCAGGGGUCAUGUUCAUAGUAACAGGUUUGGUGAUGCUGUUCGGUCUCAUCAUGUACAUCUCUAUCUUCAAGUCGGAAAUCGGCAGCAAGCUGCGCCCCAGGUCCCACCUGCACCCUCCAACCUUCGACUACGCCUACGGCUACUCGUUCCUCCUCUACGUCACCGGCGUCAUCAGCGCCAAGCUAACGGGCGUCUCCAGCGUCUUUCUCUUCAUCUACCGCGUCCAGUAUGAGUGGAGGCGGAAACAACUGGAGGAGUUCAAGAGAGGAGAGAGACAGCAACAGCCGAUGAACAACUACAACCACCAGGUGGACCCCACUAUGUUUUACCCUUGUAGACGCCAUCCCCAGGCGUACGUCAACUCGAACAGUGCCGUGCAUUUUCCUCCGAGUCCGGCAGGGCCAAAGCGGUUCUACUUCAGGAAGGAACCCUUCCAAGAGUCCCCUUGUAGUGUUCACAGGAACCGGUCUCAGUCGAACUCUUUGAAAGACGUGUCCAAUUUCUACGAUUUCCCUCCACCCCCCACCAUAUCCUAUCAGUUUACCGAACAUUUUAGUAAGAACGAGUUGAGGAACUUUCCCAUACCCCGGGACGUGACUACCAAUACCGUCAGCACGACUGCUGACUUGGUGUGUGAGGAGUUUUUGAAUGAACCUUUUGACGAAUAUUCGCCGAACAUCCAGCACGAACACGAGUUUGUGACCUUCAAUCUAGACCAGCCCCUCCCUUUGAGGGCUCCCAGUAUGGUCAGCAUAGCCUCUAGGAACGGUGCGGGGCAAAGUUAUGGCACCUUGAGGAGGACUACCCCGGUGUGA